GAUAGGCGGGGGUAGGAGGAAAGUCUGUAAUGAAUUGGAGGUCUUCGAUUCUCUCCCUCACAUGAACUGAUGUACUAAAUUCCCAUUCUCAACGUUUACCUCAAUUCCAAACUUGUUCCGUUCUUCCUUAAAUAUCCGUGGUAGAUCGGCGUGUUCUACUACAGCUCUUUUUCUUGGAAAGAAGUUAUUUUUCUAUUGCUUUCUUGGGGUGAAAUCUGUAGUUUUUUCUUGGUUAUUCCGCCUGUUUUUAACUGAAUAUUUUAGUCAUUGGAGAUCUGAAGUAUGAACUUUUGUUGGAUGGGUUUUGAAGCUUGUUGAGAAACCCAAUUGGCUGAAAGAUCAGGGAAAGUGAAGAAGUUUGAGAAUUGAAGCUUUGUUCUGUUGAUUUGUAUGUGGUGUUGAUCAGGAAAAAGCUGAGAUUUUGAUUGGUCUUUGUUUGUGUUCUGCUGAAAUUUUGUGACCCUUUUUGCUGGAUUUGGGAAGUAGCAAGUUGAUUUUGAGAGAUUUUUAAUGGGAAAUUGUUGUGCAGUACCACAAACUUCAGAUGAGAAUAGGGGGAAGCAUAAGCCAAACCCUUAUGCUACUGAUUAUGGGGGUUCAGUACCAAAUGGUGGAAAAUCUACUGUUUUGAGCAACCCAACAGGGUAUAACAUAAAGGAGUUUUAUGAGCUGGGGCGGGAGCUCGGGCGUGGUGAAUUUGGGAUCACAUAUUUGUGCACUGAUAAGAGUAAUGGGGAGAUCUUCGCGUGUAAGUCGAUAUCGAAGAAGAAGCUGAGGACUAGAGUGGAUAUUGAAGAUGUUAGGAGAGAAGUUGAGAUCAUGAGGCAUUUGCCUAAGCAUCCCAAUAUUGUGAGCUUGAAGGAUACCUAUGAAGAUGAUAAUGCCGUCCACUUAGUUAUGGAGUUGUGUGAGGGUGGUGAGUUGUUCGACAGGAUUGUUGCUAGAGGACAUUAUACAGAAAGGGCUGCUGCGGCUGUGACACGCACAAUUGUUGAAGUUAUUCAGAAUUGCCAUAAGCAUGGGGUCAUGCACCGUGAUCUUAAACCCGAAAAUUUCUUGUUUUCUAAUAAGAAGGAAACAGCACCUCUAAAAGCUAUUGAUUUUGGGCUGUCGAUUUUCUUCAAGCCUGGCGAGAGAUUUGAUGAGAUAGUCGGAAGUCCUUAUUAUAUGGCUCCGGAGGUGCUGAAGAGAAACUAUGGUCCAGAAGUUGAUGUUUGGAGUGCUGGUGUAAUUCUCUACAUAUUACUGUGUGGUAUUCCACCUUUUUGGGCUGAAACUGAACAAGGAGUUGCCCAAGCAAUCAUUCGUUCUGUUGUGGAUUUCAAGAGAGACCCUUGGCCUAAGGUUUCUGAUAAAGCAAAGGAUCUGGUCAAGAAGAUGCUCAACCCUGAUCCCAAACAGCGGCUUACAGCACAAGAAGUUCUAGAUCACCCUUGGUUACAAAAUGCGAAAAGUGCUCCAAAUGUUUCUCUGGGUGAAACUGUGAGAGCUCGGCUGAAGCAAUUUUCGAUGAUGAAUAAGCUGAAGAAACGAGCUCUAAGGGUGAUUGCUGAGCAUUUGUCGGUGGAGGAAGUGGCGGGCAUAAAGGAGGGAUUCCAGUUGAUGGAUACAGGCAACAAGGGGAAGAUUGACAUCAAUGAACUGAGAACUGGAUUACAUAAGCUCGGCCAUCAGAUCCCUGAAGCGGAUCUUCUAGUUCUUAUGGAAGCAGGCGACGUAGAUAAGGAUGGAUAUCUUGACUGCGGAGAGUUUGUUGCAAUUUCUGUACACCUAAGGAAGAUGGGCAACGAAGACCAUCUGCGUAAAGCCUUUGAGUUCUUCGAUAAAAACGAGACUGGGUAUAUCGAGAUUGAAGAGCUGAGGGAUGCCUUUGCUGAUGAGGCUGAACCUACGAGUGAAGAGGUUAUCAAUGCCAUUAUUCAAGACGUCGACACAGACAAGGAUGGACGUAUAAGUUACGAGGAAUUUGCUGCAAUGAUGAAGGCAGGCACGGACUGGAGAAAAGCAUCGAGACAAUACUCACGAGAGCGAUACAACAGUCUUAGCUUGAAACUGAUGAAGGACGGAUCGUUAAACAUGAGCAACUAAGGUAGAUAGGCGGAAGAGCAUGACACGUUGAUCUUCCCAGUCUCUGUUCCUUUCUGUUUCUCUGUUUUUCUAUUACAUCUACAAGAAUUUAAGAUUCUUUUUGCCGAGGAUAACCAAGUAUAGCUAGGUCCUUGCUGUUCAUGUUCUUCUCAUUUGUUUGUAUGGUUGUUGCUUGCUUUCUUUUCGAUGGGCAAUUCAGAAAUGUGAAGGAUUUGUCCUUUUUCCUUUUUUAUUUAAGAGGUGUACGCUAUAUAUAUAUAUAUAUGUGGUUGUAGA